AUGCUGAAAGAAAAAAAAGACGACGACGAGGAGCUUCGUAAGUUAUGGGAACAAUUCCAGGAUUCUAGCGAUGCCCUCGAUGAGAAACGGAAGCAAGUUAUAGAAACAAUCGACAGGAAUACAGGUUUAAACGACUACCCAUGUAAACUAUCCAUAAUGACUGCGUUAGACGAGCUCAUUGGAUGUUUUGCUUUGGGAGGACAAUUCAAACAUUAUUAUAGAUACGGCUCAUACGAUUUGUGUGAGAAACAACGAAAGAAGUUUUGGUUUGCAUUGAAACAUGGGUCGUUAUUUGAUCAAAAAGACAAACAGGUGGAAAAGUUGAGUGAAACGGAGUUAGAGAAUCAAGUUCAAGUGCAAGAAUUUUACAAAAAGAGACUUUUACAAGAGAAAAGUAAUGGAAGUUCAGAAGAUGUAUGGGAUGCUAGGGAAGAAGCAAAAAGUUAUCCAUUUAGGUGA